UAAAAUGAGUUAAGGAAAGGAAUGAGCUCGGUGAGUGGUGAUUUUUAAUCAGUGGGAGGAGGAAGCGGCGAAGGAAAGAAAGGGCAGAAACAAACAAAACUGGAACUGAAAGUCUGAAACAGAGAAGGGAAUGGGCUUUGCUUUGCUUGCGUAGGCGAAGAUCAUCACGAUAGCAAACAUUAUGGCCUCGAUGCUGACCUGAUUCUGAUUCUGAUUCUCCAAACGCAUCUCCUAUCUCUCUGCCUCUCUAUAUAUACGACAAAUUUGCUCACAUAUGGCUUCGGCUCCACUCAUUCACGCGCGUUAUUGUUACUCGCCGAUAAUCGGUCGAAAUCGAAGAAAUGGCUCUUUAGGUUCGUCGCCGUCGCCGUCGUCGUCUUCUUCUUCUUCUUCCUCUUCUUCGUCGGCGGCUUGUUCGUCGUCUUCGUCUUGUUGUUCCUCGUCGUCUUUGGGCUUCUUCUCCUCCUCUGGGACAAGCAAUAAUUGGAGAAAUCAAGGACUUAGAGCUCACGCUAUGUCUACAAUAACUCAAGGAGAUUUUGGAUCGUCCAGGGGUAUUACAAAUAGUAAAGAUCAGCCUGAUCAUCUCCUUGUCCUUGUUCAUGGCAUAUUGGCUAGCCCAAGUGACUGGACAUAUGUCCAAGCAGAGUUAAAAAAGCGUCUUGGAAGAAAAUUUCUAAUCUAUGCAAGUUCAUCAAAUACUUAUGCUAAAACUUUUACCGGUAUAGAUGGAGCUGGGAAACGAUUAGCAGAUGAAGUCAUGCAAGUUGUGCAAAGGACAGAGAGCCUCAAGAGGAUUUCAUUUUUAGCACAUUCUCUUGGUGGCUUGUUUGCAAGAUCUGCUAUUGCUGUUCUUUACUCUCCAAAUUCCCUAGUGCCAAAUUCACAAACAGCAUAUUCCUCAAAACGUGGUAUGAUUGCUGGGCUGGAGCCAAUCAAUUUUAUAACCUUGGCAACUCCCCAUCUUGGGGUGAGAGGGAAAAGGCAGCUUCCAUUUCUGCUUGGAGUUCCCUUAUUAGAAAAACUGGCAGCACCCAUUGCUCCUAUACUUGCUGGUCUAACUGGUAGUCAGUUGUUCCUUACUGAUGGUAAACCUGAUAAACCCCCACUUCUGUUAAGAAUGGCCUCUGAUUGUGAAGAUGGAAAGUUUAUAUCUGCUUUGGGUGCUUUUAGAUCUCGCAUUCUUUAUGCAAAUGUAUCUUAUGAUCACAUGGUUGGUUGGCGGACAUCAUCCAUUAGGAGGGAAGGAGAAAUUGUCAAGCCGCCUCGCCGAUCUUUGGAUGGUUAUAAGCAUGUAGUAGAUGUUGACUAUUGCCCCCCAAUAUCCUCCGAUGGCCCGCAUUUUCCUCCAGAAGCAGCUAAAGCGAAGGAGGCGGCACAGAAAGAGCCUAGCACAAAAAAUACCGUAGAAUAUCACGAAAUCAUGGAAGAGGAAAUGAUACAUGGUUUACAGCAACUAGGAUGGAAAAGAGUUGAUGUUAGCUUCCACUCGGCAAUGUGGCCCUUCUUUGCCCACAACAACAUUCAUGUGAAAAAUGAAUGGCUUCAUAAUGCUGGCGUUGGCGUUGUUGCUCAUGUUGCGGACACCCUGAAGCAGGAAGAAUCGUCCCAAUUCAUUACGGCGAGCUUGUAGCUUCGACAUGCUAGUAAGUGAAAAAAAAAAAUAGCUAAAACAUGAAAAAGAUGUAUUGUAUUGUGAGACAAACCAGAGUGAAUAAAAAUCUUGCACUUUUUAAGCUUAAAAUCCUGCUCUACAUCUCACUCUCUGUCAUUCCUUAGGUUUAUAAUGAGAAAGUUUAGCAAACCAAAAACUCUUUUUGUGAGGAUAAUAAAUAUGGAAUUUUUUUUUAUGUUUAAAAUGUUUUGA